CUCCCCAGCAGCUUGAUGAGGAAUAAGAUGGGAUUGCUGAAAGGAUGGAGUGAGAGGGAUCACCACGGUGUUGAUGCUGUGGAGGUUUCUAGGCCAGUGAGCCGCGUUAUCCUGCCCGUGUCUGUGGAGGAGUAUCAAGUGGGGCAGCUGUAUUCCGUGGCAGAAGCCAGUAAAAAUGAAACUGGUGGAGGUGAAGGAGUGGAAGUCCUGGUGAAUGAACCCUACGAGAGGGAUGGAGAGCGUGGGCAGUACACACACAAGAUCUACCACUUACAGAGCAAAGUGCCAACAUUUGUGAGAAUGCUGGCCCCUGAAGGAGCUCUGAACAUACAUGAAAAAGCAUGGAAUGCCUAUCCCUACUGCAGAACUGUUAUUACAAAUGAGUAUAUGAAGGAUGACUUCCUCAUCAAAAUUGAAACCUGGCAUAAAUCAGAUCUUGGAACACAAGAGAAUGUCCAUAAGCUGGAGCCAGAGGUAUGGAAGAAUGUAGAAGCCAUUUAUAUAGACAUUGCUGAUCGGAGCCAAGUACUCCCCAAGGAUUACAAGGCAGAAGAGGAUCCAGCAAGGUUUAAAUCUGUCAAGACUGGACGUGGACCUCUGGGUCCCAACUGGAAGAAGGACCUGGGGAAGCAGUCAGAUUGUCCAUACAUGUGUGCUUACAAGCUGGUAACAGUCAAGUUCAAGUGGUGGGGUCUGCAAAAUAAAGUGGAGAACUUUAUACAGAAGCAAGAAAAGCGGCUCUUCACAAACUUCCACCGGCAGCUCUUUUGCUGGCUUGAUAAGUGGGUUGAUCUGACUAUGGAGGACAUCCGUAGGAUGGAGGAGGAGACCAAGAGACAGCUGGAUGAGAUGAGAGAAAAAGAUCCAGUGAAAGGAAUGUCGGCUGCAGAUGACUAAUAUGACUCCUUCCUUGUGCACUUUUGCAAGACAGUCGUCAGGAAGGCCCAGGGAAUCCACACCCUUGACUGACGGAACAUCUCUGGAUCAAGCCUUUCUCUGUCCAACCGGCAGGCGAUUUUAAACCUCCCAUAGCUAAUUCUAGAUGCCCCUUAAUAUUGUGAGCAAAUAGACAGUCUGGUACUAAGCACUCCAGUGUUAGCACGUGUAUCCCAAGGAGUUUCCUCCUUGGGGCCGUGUGACUUAGAGAUCGCUGUAUUUACGACUCCUCCCUCCUCUUUUUUUCAUUGUGUUCAGACCAAUUUCCAUGUGGCCCUGUUUGAUUUCCAAGUGACAUUUUUAGCUCAAAUAGUCUUGUGAUGUGGUGACUUAGAAUUUUUUAUUUGUUUUGUUUUUGUUUUUUUUCCAAGUGGGAUAAACUGCCACCUUUGUUUCUGCCCAGCCCUUCACCUUCUUUGAAUGUCUGUUUGGAGAGGGAAAUUGUCCAUAUUUAAAAGUGCAAAACUCUUCCACAAAAUGUUUUGUUCUCACCUUCACUCCUGGAGGGAGAUAUUUAAUGGCAGAUAACCUGAGUACAAAAUGAGGAGCAGCCAUAGAAUUCUUGGUUUGUGAUGAGUUGUGAUUUGUAGCUUCUGCAGGGCAUUACUUUGUUCUGUCUUAAACAUGAAUUAAAGACUGCCCAGAAGCUGCAGUCAGGCCCUGUGCUGGGGCCUUCAGCACUUACCUGUUGAAUUUCCAUUUUAGGGGUCUCUCUGGCCCACGUAGCUCUGUUGUCCUCCAGCUGUGUGUGUCAGUCUUACAAAAUCUUUCUCGACAUAUGUUGCAACUUCCUGGUUCUUUAUUUAUUAAGACUUCCCAUAACUUACAAAUCUGGACUAAUAAUAACAAUGUGAUUCUCCCUGGACAAAUUGGGAUGUUGCAAAGGCUGGUGUGCAAGCAAGGUCUUGGCAUCUGGUUACAUCCAAGUGCCUGGGACGGUGGUUCUGCUCAGCAAUAAUAUUCUUCCCAUUGCAAGACUGACUAAAAUAUCUCCUUUUGUGCUGUAAGAAAAGCAACUUAGAAAGACUUGCAGUUUUCUAGGAUAUCUGUUGGUUAUUAUAAAUCAUAGAGGAUACUGUUAAUGGAAAGAGCUCUCGUUAUUUAAUGAACUCAAAUAUUUACUGUAACUAUCCUUAUGUUGAUAUCAGCUUUAGACAAUCAACUCAGCAGAACAGAAUCAAGGAAAUGCUGCUUUCUUCAAUACAUAUGAGGAAAAAAAAAUCCUACUUCUUUGCUUAUCCCUAAGGCCCAAUAUUUGAAUUUUUUCCUCCCCUAGUAGUAAUAACUUAAUUUUCCACUUCUGUGUUUGGCAGCACUAACAUGAAAUCCUGUAUGCCAAACAGUCGUGGGUGUAUCACCACUUUUGAGGAGUCUUUUUAGUAUUCUGUAAUACACUGACUCCUC